AUGGCAUCAGAUAUCCCGGCUCUCCGUCAUCCAAACAUCUUCAAUUCAUGGAUGGACUCCAUGAUGGAUUCCCAGAAUGCACAGCCCCUGACUGAGGUCACUGGCCAUGAACCCUCUCAUGCAACCCAGGUGAGUAAAAGUAUAUUCCGGAAGCCCCGCCGGUUCCCGGGUCUACCGCCCCUCCCCAGCAAUCGAGCUCCUGAUGGGUCCUCUAUCAACGGUCUAGGAGGUGGAGGGAGAGGGACAGGGGGUUUAGAACCUGUUUCUGGAGCACCAUUUAGGACCUUACAACCAAGUUUUAGUGAUUCUUCAGUUUCCUUUAGCAGUGAUGCGUACAAUGAGAGCUCUUACAAUAGUUAUCCAAACUCAACAGCAUUAAUACCAACAGGAUCGGGGAGCUCGGAUACAAAUGGCUUAGGUGAUUUUGUUGGGAGUUUCAUGAUUUUUAUAGAGUUUCUUAAAGAGAAGAAACAUAUCUUCAUUCAAUACUUUGUGAUUGGAUGCCUAAUAGGAAUCAUCUUAUCUCUUAUAUCAUGGGUGUUUCAUCUCAAGAGGAAAAGGCAAAAUUAA